UUCAAGUUUCAGUUCUGCCGCAACCUUGCGAAGGUAGAGAUGCGCGUACCCUGAUCUCAAGAGCGCGCACCCCGAGUCGCCGGCAAAAAACUUUGAUCUGUGAUGUUAAACGUUAAACUUAAGUGAAAAUGUGUUCCUUCAGGAUUUUUACGAUGUUCCAACUAGUUUUAAGUGUUUAUCUCGUCGGUGUAGUGUAUUCCCGAGCUUUGACCAGUAUCGAGUCAACCCCAAGAGGUUGCGAGUGGCUGAUGGAACCGGUAGGAGACGAUGGAAACGAAGAACCCGUCUUGGUAUGUCAGAUACGUACCAUCGGCAACGCUGAAAGCGUCUUAGGAAACCUCUCUCAAAGCCAGAGCGACCACGUCACCGUUUUAAAACUGGAAUGCAGCGAUGUGCUCUUCUUCGAGAGUUCUCUCGAACCCAGCAAGUACGGAAACUUCCUCUCCAACUUCAGGAAGUUAAAGGACCUGAAGUUCGAAUAUUGCAAAAUAAGAAACAUACCGGCCAACGCUUUGUCAACGAUGCGCCACUUGAUACGUCUUUCCGUUCGUUCACACAACUCUGAUUGGUCCGCGAUGAGUUUGGACCUUCAUCGGGAGAGUUUCAGAGGGAUGAAGGAGCUGAGAAGUUUGGAUUUAUCUGACAACAACAUAUGGAACACCCCCGACGAAGUUUUCUGCCCUCUGUUCAGCCUGGUUCGUCUGAACUUGUCCCACAACAAACUUCAGGACGUCGCCACUCUCGGGUUUUCCGACUGGGGUAACGGACCUUUGGAUCCCGGAAAAGCUUGUGCCGAAAAUUUGGAAGUGCUGGAUCUGUCCCAUAACGAUAUCAUAGUGCUGCCGGAAAACGGUUUAAUCGGACUCAAAAUGUUGCAAACUUUGUAUCUUCAGGAUAACGUGAUUUCCACCCUUCUCGACCGUGCUUUCGCCGGUCUCAUAUCUCUUACGACCCUCAACAUGUCUUCUAACUCUCUUGUCGAGCUUCCUCCAGAAUUAUUCCGGUCUUCUAGACUCCUAACGCACCUCUACUUGCAUAAUAAUAGUUUGAGAGUGCUCGCUCCCGGUCUUCUUGAAGGUCUUGACCAACUUCAAAUUCUGGAUUUGUCGAUAAACGAUCUUUCAAGCAAUUCUGUCAAUCGAGACACUUUCACCGGUUUGGUGCGUCUGGUCGUGCUCAAUCUUUCGAACAAUCGUUUGACCAAGAUCGACGCUAAUCUAUUCCACGAUUUGUACACCUUGCAGAUUCUCAAUCUGGAGCAUAACAGCAUCGAAAAUGUGGCCGAAUAUGCUUUUUCUGAACUCAAGAACCUCCAUACCCUUACGUUGUCCAACAACAGAAUUUCUUACAUCGAACCUUUCCAUUUUGCUGGCGUUUAUGCCAUGAACCAGCUCUUCAUCGAUUCCAACAGGAUCAAAAUCAUCCAUCCACAAGCUUUCGAGAACCUGACCAAUCUGCAAGACUUAGGACUUAACGGUAAUUUACUGGGAGCUGUUCCUGAAGGCAUCGGCAAGUUGAGAUUCUUGAGAACCUUGGAUUUGGGUAAAAACAGAAUAGAUACAGUGGUGAAUUCGUCUUUCGAAGGUCUCGACAUCCUUUACGGUUUGAGACUGGUCGACAACCAGAUCGUGAACAUCUCCAGAGACGCUUUUUCAUCCCUCCCGUCUUUAUCAGUGUUGAACUUAGCCUCUAACAGGAUAAGAUACGUGGAACAAAGUGCUUUCGCGAGUAAUCCCACCCUCAAGGCGAUUCGUCUGGACGAUAACGAGUUAACGGACAUUAAAGGUGUGUUUACAAACCUCCAGACUUUGAUGUGGCUCAACGUCUCCUCCAACAACCUGGCCAUCUUCGACUACAGCCAUCUGCCGGUGAGUUUAGAGUGGCUGGACAUGCAUGACAAUGACAUUUCCGAACUUUCCAACUAUUACGACGUGCGCAACAUCCUUAAGAUCAAGAUGUUGGACGUGAGUUUCAAUUCUAUCGUCGAGAUAAAACAGAACUCUGUGCCGGAGAGCGUGGAAACCCUAUUUUUGAACAAUAAUAAGAUUCGCAGUGUUGAACCGGGAACUUUUAUGAGAAAUGAACGUUUGGAAAAAGUCGUGUUGUACGGGAAUGAACUGGAGAACUUGGAACUUUCGGCGUUGAGUUUAGGACCUAUCAGUGACGAUAUCGACGUUCCUCAGUUUUACAUCGGCGGUAAUCCUUUUAAGUGCGAUUGUAAGAUGGACUGGUUGCUUAGGAUUAAUCACUUGAGCAACUCGCGUAACUAUCCUCAAGUGCUCGAUUUGGACGCGGUCAUGUGCGAGUUGGCUUUAGCCAGAGGCGGUCCCCCUGUGCCUCUACUGGACUUGAAACCGUCGCAGUUUUUGUGCCCCUACGAGACCCAUUGUUAUACGGUCUGCCACUGUUGUGAAUUCGAUGCUUGCGAUUGUGAGAUGACCUGUCCCCAGAAUUGUACCUGUUACCACGACGAGACGUGGUCGUCGAACGUAGUUGAUUGCCAUAACGCCGGCUACACCGAAGUACCCCAGAAUAUACCCAUGGACGCCACUGAGAUCUAUCUAGACGGUAACGAUUUAGGCGAGUUGGGCAAUCACGUAUUCAUCGGCAAGAAAAAGUUGGAGGUGUUGUUUUUGAACGGCAGCAAUGUCAGAUCGGUCCACAACCAAACCUUCAACGGCGUCGGUUCCCUGAAGGUGCUCCACAUGGAAAAUAACAAUAUCAAAGAGCUGCGAGGUCUGGAAUUCCAACCGUUGACGAAAUUGAGCGAGCUCUAUCUGGAUCACAACGAAAUCGCGUCGGUGGAUAACAAAACGUUCCAGACGAUGCACCGACUCGAAGUUUUGAAGUUGGACGAGAAUAAAAUCGUGGAUUUCUCGCCGUGGAUUCUCCCCCAGGUGGCGGAUUCGGGUUUGCGACCGCGCGUUUCUUUAGGAGGCAACAAGUGGUCGUGCGAUUGCAGCUCGCUAGCGCCUCUCCUGGCCUGGUUGCGUGAAUCCGGCGCCAACCCUUCCGGGAUGAUAUGUGCCGAAUCCGGGGACUCCAGGAGCGUCGCCGACGUCGUGACGGCCUGCGAGAACACCGCCAACGCCGCCGCCACCUCCGUCGUUCAAGAAGUCGUCAAGAACAAUCAGUUGUUGGGGGGUGGAUACGUUCCUCUCUUGGCAGCAACUUUAACAGCUAUUCUCCUGGUCUGUUUGCUGUCCGCUGUGAUCUUCGUGUUCAGACAAGACGUGAGACUGUGGAUCCACUCCAAGUACGGCGUUAGGAUCUUCCAAGACCCUGCUACCGUCCACGACAACAUCGAAGAUACCGACAGACUCUACGAUUGCUACAUGAUCUACAGCCACAAAGACGAAGAGCUAGCUGGAAGAAUAAUAGCGUCAGAGUUGGAGCAUCUUGGCCAUACUUUAUGCCUGCAUUAUAGAGACUUGCAUUUGAUGGGAGGCGCGUCAUAUCUUGCUGACGCUAUGGUGAGCGCCGCUGACGCUUCUAGACGCGUCAUUCUCAUAGUUUCCCCAGCUUUAAUCUGCAACGAAUGGGCCAAACCUGAAUUCAGAGCUGCUCUUCAAGGUGCUCUACAUGCAACUAGGCACAAAUUAAUAUGUGUACUUAGCGAUGAUCCAUUAGAACCGAUGGACCCUGAACUUAGGGCUCUUUUGAGAGCCUGUACCGUUACCAGAUGGGGCGAGAGAAGAUUUUGGGAUAAACUACGCUACGCCAUUCCUGAUGUUAUCAACAACAGGUUACCGAAGAGGAGCAAGAAGCCUCCGGAGAUCCGUUGCAAACCAAAUGCUAGGUAUACCCCAACUCCUACAGCUUUGGAUUCUUGGUAUAAGUACUCGGCGAUGCCUGGUGUCCAUCAUGCUCCAAAUCUAACCCCAACUCCUACCCAGAGUACCUACGUUUCUGGGGAAUCUGCCAGAAGUACCGAAGACGAGGCUGGUUCCAGUACCAGCAGUCAACACUAUGGGUCAGACCAAAUGAACCAUAGUUACGUAUCCAUAGAUGGAAGACCGCCUCAGUACAACCAAUUCCCAGGUCGGACUGAUGUGCCUCAGCACGUUUACUCCACGAUACCAGAGACCACACCCCAUUCGAGGACUUACUUUGUUUGAGAGUACUUUAGUGAGUUCAUCAAUUGAAGCAAGGCUGUUUAACUUAAUAUAUUUACUGUAUUGGACCUUUUUGAAUACGUAACUAUCUUUUUUCGAAUUUUGAAUGUUUCCACUAGGUCAAUACCAAUGUACUAAAACUUUUGUAUAUAUUUUGUACAUAUAUGAAUAUUAUUUAUUUGUAUUAUAGUAUCGACGAAUAUUGAAAAGCUUGAAGUCAUUAUUAUUAAGGUUUUGUAUAUAAGAUUAUAAAUUGAUUGAUAAUUGAAUUUUAAACAAAGACUGUUUAUUUGUAAAUAUAAUCCGAAUACUAUUAUAAUUAAAACAAUUUUUUACAUA